AUGGACCUCUCAAGUGGAGGAGGUCCCUCUUCUUCGACUGAUGAGGCGGCAUCACAAUUGGACAACUCAGAUGCCAUGCAGUUAGUUCGACAGGCAGUGUUAUUCGAGAAUGUGGAACUACUUGCUGAUCUCUUCAAAGUGAAUCCUUGGGUAUGGAAUCGGGUUGAUCGACACGGAAGAACUCCUCUUAUGUUAGCUGCACAUAAUGGAAAAUUGGACAGUUUGAGGACAAUUCUGAUGUUGAAUCCGAAAUCUCUAAAUCUAGUCAAUGAUCGUGGAAAAACGGCACUUCAUAUGGCUGCUGAGUCAGGAGAAACUGCGAUUGUACUCGAACUUGUGGAAAUUGGAUCCGACCCGAUGAAAUCUGAUAAUGAAGGCCACUGUGCUCUCGAAUUGGCUCAAAUGGCUGGACAUAAUGAAGUUGCGGCAAAACUGAUUGACGCAAUACAAAAAGAAAGUGAAGAUCUGAAUGAUGCUCACAUAAUGCUCAUCAGUGCAUGCAUAACCGGAAAUUCAGAUGUUGUUAAUGAAAUAUUGAGGAAAUACAUGGAUAAAAAAGAAAAUCGUCAAAUAAUAUUCAACGGUCGGAAUGAAGAAGAUGAGACAGCUCUUCUGAUUGCUUGCACCAACGGUCACAUUGAAAUUGUCCGGUAUCUUCUUCAUUUCGAAGAACAUCUCCUCCAAAGCAACACAACCAAAGAUACAGUAAUACAUGCAGCAGUAUCAUCUCAAAAUGUUGAAGUACUGCAAUUGUGUCUUGAGUCAACCGAUCCAAAACAUUCCAUACACAUCCUUCUGACCGUUGUUGUCCGUUGUGUUCAUCACGACCGUCAUCUUUCAAUAGACUCUACAAUGAUCCCGUAUCGUUCGGAACUCACAUUUGAAAGCGAACUCACCACCAGACAAUCUUCAUCUUGA